CCGUCCAGCCAUGCGUCCAGCCCUCCAUCCAGUGGUCAAGCCAGGCGUCCAGCACUCCAGCCAGCCGUCCUACUGUCCUGCCGUCCAGCCAGCUGUUCAGCCGUCCAACCAGGCGUCCAGCCGUGCAGCCGGCCGUCCAGCCAGCCUUCCAGCCCUCCAGCCAGUGGUCUAGCCAGGCGUCCAGCACUCCAGCCAGUCGUCCUACCGUCCAGCCGUCCAGCCGUCCAGCCGUCCAGCCGUCCUGCCAUCCUGCCAUCCUGCCGUGCAGGUAGUCUGCAGCUGCCUGCUUGCUCUAGCCAAAGAUUAGGGAAGCCAUAGCCAUUUGGCCAGCCCAGCGGUGAAGCAGAAAUAGUCUGAAGAGGUGCCCCAGGUUCCAUCCUACUGAUCAAUGGCCCCUGCCAAGGGGAGCAAGGUCCAGAAUCAGCCCGCUGUUCUAGAUGGGCAGCCUGUGCUGACCUUCCACGAGGGUAGGAUGCGCAAGGGUGAGUGCAUUCGGAGGGAUGUGCUGGACAAACGAGUGAAAUACCUGGUGCGUUACCCAACUAAGAGUCUUGGCAUCAGCGCAUCCCUGAGAGUGUCUAUGAGCUAUCUCUUUGCGUGGGCCCCACCAGCCCCCAAGCCAGGACCCACCCCAAGUGGCCCAAGGUCCUGCAAGGACAGGUCCAAGAGGUCCCUCAGCCUAGUAGCAGGGGAAGCCAGGCCUAGCACCAGCAGCAGCAGCAUGUUCUCUACUGGGUAUCGCUGCCCAGUAGCUCCUGAAUGGGAGUAUGAAUGGGUCCCAGAGGGCCGGGUUCUGUGCUACACCACCAUGCACUGGCAGAAGGACAGCAAUGCCGCCCUCCAGAUGGCUGCCAAGGGCCUGCUGCCCAGGGAGCGCCCUGCUGCCUCCUCUGGGGCCCAGGGUGACCAAGGGUCUGAAGGCUGCCCUUCUGGGGCCCCAGAGGUGCAGCUGCCCUGCAAACACAAGCAAAAAUCUGGUGGGCCCUCAAGUGGAAGAGGGCGAUGGAAAGGGAAAGUAGCUGCAGGGAAGCCUGAACACAGGUGCCUAGGCAAGCUGGAAGUCCACAUCCGCUUGCCCAAGGCCCUGAAGCCCCUGCUCCUGCAAGAUUGGAAGCUGGUAACUGUCAAGAAGAAGCUUUUCACCCUACCUGCCAAGAAGCCGGUGAAUGCCAUCCUGGCAGACUACAUCGCCUCCCAGCAAAACUGCACAACUGCAUUCAAGACAUAUGCCAUUGGUGAACUGGUGGCUGCACUGCAAGAGUUUUUUGACAAGGUGCUAGGCACCCAGCUUCUCUACCAGUUCGAGAAGCUGCAGCACUGCGAGAUGCUGGCCCGCCAUCCCCGGGCCCACAUGUCCCACAUCUAUGGGGGUGCCCACCUGCUGCGCCUCUUCCCACAGCUGGGGCCCAUGCUGGCCUGUGCUCCCUUGGGGGCUGGUAGUCUGCGUGUGCUGCGGAGCCAUUUGCAAAAUUUCCUCAAAUAUUUUGCCAGCGAUCCUUCUCUGCUGUUUAAGGUCGCCACUGACUACAAGGUGGCCUCUGCUGAGUACCAGCAGAAAGCGCGUUGAGAGCAUGGUAAUCUUUGCUCCUCUCUUGUCAGAUUUGCUUUUCUCCCAGCAGAUCUGCCUAGUGAUUGGUCUGGAUCUGACAGAAAUGAUUCCUACCACUGUGCUUGUGUUACUUCAGGGUCUAUGUUUUUCCUCUAAGUUUGCUGGUGACUGCUUCCACUGAGGAAGCCCCUUUCCUCCUUGCGGAGCAGCUUUGUAGUGCCCAGGUGAAAUCUGCAUUGUUAGCCAGGUUCUCUGCAGUCUUUCGCAU